AAAUGGAAGGUUGGUGUUAUCAUUGGAAAUUCUGGAGAAACUAUAAAGCAUAUCCAACUUCAGUCAGGGGCAAAGAUCCAAGUAACAAGGGACAUGGAUGUUCAAUCCAGGUCACAGACAAGAUUGGCUGAUCUUUCGGGCACUCCUAACCAGAUAAGCAGAGCUGAGCAAUUGAUAAGUGAUGUUCUUGCAGAGGUUGAUGCUAACUCAUUUGGCACUAUCUCUAAUUGGAAGUACAAUGCACCUCAACCUAGUGUUGAGCAAUUCCAGAUGCAAAUUGCUAACAAGUGCGAUGGUGUGGUGGCUCGUGCGGCAUGCGGUGGCCUCAGAAGGUGGGCGCCAACACUUGCAGCUUGUGCACAAUGGCAACUCCACGCAUCUCCUGCGCCAGGAGCAAGG